GAAAAGUCAACAGUUGAUUGUGGUACUCCUGGACCUCUAUUAGUACAUUUAGCAAAAUGAAACUCUUAAUUGGUCUCUGUGCGAUGAUAGCGAUGGUUGCAUCACAAUGGAGUCCUUCAACCAAAAUCGAUUACUUGAAGUUCCGUGAAGAAUGCUUCAAAUCUGAAAAUGUCCCCCAGUCAGCUAUAGAUAAGUUGAACAAUGAACAGUACGGCGAGGAUUUGGGCCAUGAGGCCAAAUGCUACAUUCGUUGCCUUGGAGUAAAAACUGGAACCUGGGAUGACACAAAGGGAUACGACAUAGAAAAGGGCUACCAGAACCUUAUCAGUUGGGGAUUCGAGGUUAACAAGGAGAACUUACAGAAGUGCGCCACGCCAAAUACUGAGAAUGAUGAUAAGUGCGUGUGGGCUGCUAAGAACACAAAGUGUUUGUGGACAAACAAAUACGUAACCAAGAAGCAAUAAAAAAAAAACUCUUCUAACGCACAUCCUUUGAAUGCUUCUGUUAAUUAGAAAGUAGAUAACUUACCUAGAAAUAUAUGUCAUUAAAUAGUUUUGCUCGGUUA